CCCGUGAGUGAGCAACGGCGCUGCUGGCCAUGGCGAGCAGCGGGACCUCGACCAACGGCAGCGCGGCCGGGCGGCCGCUGCACUCGGCGCAGGCGGUGGAUGUGGCCUCGGUCUCCAAUUUCCGGGCCUUCGAGAUGCUGCACAUACACCUGGACCUGCGGGUCGAGUUCGGACCGCCGGGGCCGGGCCCCGGGAGCCGGGGACUGAGCGGCACCGCGGUCCUGGAUCUGCGCUGCCUGGUGCCCGAGGACGCCGCCGAGCUGCGGCUCGACUCGCACCCGUGUCUGGAGGUGACCGCGGUGGCGCUGCGGCGGGAGCAGCCUGGCGAGGAGCCUCCCGCGGAGCCCGUGUCGUUCCAUACUCGGCCCUUCUCGCACUACGGUCAGGCCCUGUGCGUGGUGUUCCCGCACCCCUGCCGCGCCGGCGAGCGCUUCCAGCUGCUUCUCACCUACCGCGUCGGGGAGGGACCCGGGGUUUGCUGGUUGGCUCCGGAGCAGACAGCAGGAAAGAAGAAGCCUUUCGUGUACACCCAAGGUCAGGCUGUCCUAAACCGGGCCUUCUUCCCUUGCUUUGACACCCCUGCAGUGAAGUGCAAAUAUUCAGCUCUUGUUGAGGUCCCGGAUGGCUUCACAGCUGUGAUGAGUGCUAGCACCUGGGAAAAGAGAAGUCCAAAUAAGUUCUUCUUCCAGAUGUGUCAGCCCAUCCCCUCCUACCUGAUAGCUUUGGCUGUUGGAGAUCUGGUUUCGGCUGAAGUUGGACCCAGGAGCCGCGUGUGGGCAGAGCCCUGUCUGAUUGACAGAGCCAAAGAGGAGUACAACGGGGUGGUAGAAGAAUUUUUGACAACAGGAGAGAAACUUUUCGGACCCUACGUUUGGGGCAGGUACGACUUGCUCUUCAUGCCACCAUCCUUUCCAUUUGGAGGAAUGGAGAACCCUUGUCUGACCUUUGUCACCCCCUGCCUGCUAGCAGGGGACCGCUCCUUGGUUGAUGUCAUCAUCCAUGAGAUCUCCCACAGUUGGUUUGGAAACCUGGUCACCAAUGCCAAUUGGGGUGAAUUCUGGCUCAAUGAAGGUUUCACCAUGUAUGCCCAGAGGAGGAUCUCCACCAUCCUCUUUGGGGCUGCAUACACCUGCUUGGAGGCCGCAACUGGGCGGGCUCUGCUGCGCCAGCACAUGGACAUCACUGGAGAGGAGCACCCACUCAACAAGCUCCGCGUGAAGAUUGAACCAGGUGUUGACCCAGAUGACACAUACAAUGAGACCCCCUAUGAGAAAGGUUUCUGCUUUGUCUCAUACCUGGCCCACUUAGUGGGUGAUCAAGACCAGUUUGACAAUUUUCUCAAGGCCUAUGUUGAUGAAUUCAAAUUCCAAAGUAUCAUGGCUGAAGACUUUCUGGAGUUCUAUUUGGAGUAUUUCCCUGAGCUAAAGAAAAAUAAAGUGGAUUCCAUUCCAGGUUUUGAGUUUGACAGAUGGCUGAAUACCCCUGGUUGGCCUCCCUACCUUCCUGAUCUCUCCCCUGGGGACUCACUCAUGAAACCAGCUGAAGAGCUGGCUCAGCUGUGGGCAGCUGAGGAGCUGGACAUGAAAAGCAUUGAAGCUGUGGCCAUUUCUCCCUGGAAGACCUACCAACUGGUCUACUUUCUGGAUAAGGUCCUCCAGAAAUCACCUCUCCCUCCUGGAAAUGUAAAAAAACUGGGCGAGACAUACCCCAAAAUCUCAAAUGCCCAGAAUGCAGAGCUGCGGCUACGAUGGGGCCAAAUCGUCCUGAAGAACAAUUACCAAGAGGACUUCUGGAAAGUGAAGGGGUUCCUGCAAAGCCAGGGGAAACAGAAGUACACUCUUCCGCUGUACCAUGCCAUGAUGAGAGGCAGCGAGGUGGCCCAGACCCUCGCCAAAGAGACCUUUGCCUCCACUGCUUCCCAGCUCCACAGCAAUGUUGUCAACUAUGUGCGGCAGAUCGUGGAGCCCAAGGGCAGUUAGGGGCUCCUUUGUGUGGCCUUUGCCUCUUCAGACUUUGCAGGCUUUCAGAAUAAUCGUUCCCAAAUUCUAGUUUUUCAGCCAACUUCCUAAAGUAUCUCCUCAGGAUAAUCUGUUCUGUGGGCUUGGCAUCUCUGACUCUUGGGCCUCUGCUCUGGUGGGAACUUCUCUGGCCCAUGGAGUCCUGAGACCAGAGAGAACUUGCCCACAGCUCUCUUCCGUCCUGGCUGCUGACGCUGGAGGGACAGCUACCUUUCCCUCCUCCCAACUUAAGGAGAAGAGGGCUUCCCUACCUUUCUCCCUCCCUCCCUUUGUCCCUUCCUUUCUUUCUUUCUUGUACUAUGCAAAGGGCUGGCAUUCUGGUUGUUCUGUUCUCAGGUUUAAUCCUUAUUUUAAUAAACAUUUGUAAGCAAAAAAUA